GCCUAGGCUGCCACUCAGUGGCAGUCUGCUCGCGCUGUGCUGGUCUGGGUGCACCGGACAAUUCAGCAGGAGUUGCGCACUUAUCACUGGGUCGAGCUCGAGUCGAGUUCCGCAGCGUUACGCCAUCGCUGCGACGAAAUAACAGAGAGCUCUCAUACAUCAUGCGUCUCCUGCUCGUGCUGCUGGCAACAUUGCAGCCAGCCGCAGCGCUCGUCGUUUCACGCGCAAGCCGUGUAGCACCACUGCCGGCGCCGCUGCGACGACUCGUGUUGCGCGGUGGAGCCGCCGAAGGAGCGGAGUCUGAUGAUGGCACGUCGCGGCUCUACCCGGCGCUCGACGCCCACGAGACCGGCUCCAUAACCGUCGGCAUCCAUGAAGUCGCAUACUCCAUCUACGGCAACCCGCAAGGUACCCCAGCGCUCUUCGUGCAUGGCGGGCCGGGCGGCGGCACAGUCCCAAACCACGCGCGUUAUUUCGAUCCAGAUCAUUACCGCAUCAUUUUAGUUGAUCAGCGCGGCUGCGGGAAGUCGACACCCUUCGCUUCGUUCCGUCCCGUGUGAAAAUCAACCCGAGCGUCGGGUGCACGCCGUCGAGCAGGCGUCGCAUCGAUGGCGUGGGGGUUGACAUGAGAAUUCUACGCAGGUUGGAGGACAACACGACGUGGGACCUCGUCGCGGACUACGAGAAAAUAAGGGAGAAACUGGGCAUCGAGCGCUGGCUCGUCUUCGGCGGGAGCUGGGGUUCGACGCUCGGUCUCUCGUACGCGGUCAAACACCCGGAGCGCGUGACAGCGUUAGUUUUACGAGGCAUCUUUUUACUGAGAAAGAAGGAACUCGACUUCUUCUACGAGGGCUCGGGCACCGCCUUUGUCUUCCCGGAGGCCUGGGAGAAGUACGCUGAAAUUAUUCCCACUGAAGAGGUCGAACGGGACGGCUACGUGGCCGCGUAUGGCAAGCGUUUGCGUGGCGAGUUAGGUGAGGAAGAGAUGCGGAGGGCGGCGCGGGCCUGGAGCGUGUGGGAAGGCUCCGUCAGUCGUUUGCUUCCGCCGACGCCGGAGGCGCUCGAGGCGCAGUGGGCCGGCGACGACUUUUCACUCGCUUUUGCGCGCAUCGAGAACCACUAUUUUACGAACCGCGGCUUCUUUGAGAGGGACGGCUGGCUGUUGGAGGACGCGCAGAUUAGUAGGAUCAAGGACAUCCCGUGCGUCAUCGUCCAGGGGCGCUACGACGUCGUCUGCCCGGCGACGUCGGCGUGGGAGCUCCAUCGGAAGCUGCCCGGCUCGACGCUCCACAUCACGACGACGGGCCACUCGGCCUUCGAGCCGGAGAUCGUGGAGCGGCUCGUCGAGGCGACGGACGGGUUUCGGGGGUUAAGUUGAUGUAUUCGGGU